AUGCGUAUCCGAGCUGGGGAGGAGGCCGCGGGCUCCCGGGUCCCCUGGGGCCGGCGAGCCGAGGCUGCGCGCUCCGGGCGAAUUAAAAAUGGGUAUGUUGAGAAAGGCAAAAAGAUUUUUAUUCAGAAGUAUGCCCAGUGCCAUACCAUGGAAAAGGGAGGCAAGCACAAGCCUGGGCCCAGUCUCCGUGGUCUGUUUGGGUGGAAGACAGGUCAGGCAGCUGGAUUAUCUUACACAGAUGCCAAGAACAAAGGCAUCACCUGGGGAGAGGAGACGCUGACGGAGUAUUUAGAGAAUCCCAAGAAGUACAUCCCUGGAACAAAAGUGAUCUUUGUGGCAUUGGGAAGAAAGCAGAAAUGGGCAGACUUGAUAGCUUAUCUCAAAAAAGCUACUAAUGAGUAA